CGCGGAUUUGCGUGUGACGUAUUAAAGGAAAGAGGAAAAGAUGCUUAAAGCGUUUGAAGCCGGAGCUCCGCCGUUCAGACCACGUUUCGGUGACUCAGGCAGCGGAUCCCCCGACGGAGGCGAUAUUUAGACCGACUCAUCGGUGACAGAGCGCGACAGCAGAGCCGCCGGAAAAGAGAAGAAAGGGAGGAAGGAGAGGAGGAAAGAGAGAGCCAUGUCGAAUCUGAAGAAGAGAAGCUCCGGCGCGUCCGGGGACCGAGAUGAGGACAAGCAGGUGACCGAGAAGAUGCUCUCCUCGGGCGGGGAGAACGGCAGCGCCAGCCGGUCCGAGAGCGAGGCUGCCCGCAGCCCCGGGAGCGAGGUGGCCGCGGCGGCGGACGGGGAGGAGACGGUGGCGCUGAAAAGGACCAUCACGCUGACGAACGGCGUGGCCAUCAUCGUGGGCACCAUCAUCGGCUCCGGGAUCUUCGUGACGCCCACCGGCGUGGUGAAGGAGGCCGGGUCCGUGGGGCUGUCCCUGGUCGUCUGGGCAGUGUGCGGCGUGUUCUCCACGGUGGGCGCGCUGUGCUACGCCGAGCUGGGGACCACCAUCACCAAAUCCGGCGGAGACUACGCCUACAUCCUGGAGGUCUACGGCUCCCUGCCCGCCUUCCUCAAGCUGUGGAUCGAGCUGCUCAUCAUCAGACCCUCCUCGCAGUACAUCGUCGCCUACGUGUUCGCCACCUACCUUCUGAAGCCCAUCUUCCCCUUCUGCCCGGUGCCGGAGACCGGGGCCAAGCUGGUGGCGUGUCUCUGCAUCCUGUUGCUAACUGCUGUGAACUGCUACAGUGUUCGCGCAGCCACUCGGGUCCAGGAUGCCUUCGCUGCUGCAAAGCUUCUCGCCCUGGGACUCAUCAUCGUCAUUGGCUUUGUGCAGAUUGGCAAAGGUGAUGUUGCUGCCCUCCUGCCUGAAAACUCCUUCAAAGGAUCCAAUAGUGACUUUGGUCAAAUCGGUUUGGCUCUCUACAGUGGACUCUUUGCGUAUGGAGGCUGGAAUUACUUGAAUUUUGUCACAGAAGAAAUGAUAGAGCCAUACAAAAACCUGCCCCGUGCCAUUAUUAUCUCCCUGCCCAUCGUCACCUUGGUGUACGUGUUGACCAAUCUGGCGUACUUCACCACCCUCAGCCCAGAGGAAAUGCUGAACUCCGAAGCUGUGGCUGUGGACUUUGGAAACUAUCACCUCGGCCCCAUGGCCUGGAUCAUCCCUGUGUUUGUGGGACUGUCCUGCUUUGGAUCUGUCAAUGGCUCACUGUUUACGUCAUCGAGACUGUUCUUUGUGGGGUCACGCGAAGGACAUCUCCCCAGCCUGCUGUCCAUGAUCCACCCAACCCUGCUGACCCCGCUGCCCUCUCUCCUCUUUACCUGUGUGAUGACUCUCCUCUACGCCUUCUCCAAUGACAUCUUCUCAGUCAUCAAUUUCUUCAGCUUCUUUAACUGGCUCUGCAUCGCCAUGGCCAUCCUUGGAAUGAUGUGGCUGCGCUACAAGAAACCGGAGCUGGAGCGGCCGAUUAAGGUGAACAUCCUGCUCCCCGUUUCCUUCGUGUUAGCGUGUCUGUUCCUCAUCGUGGUGUCCAUCUGGAAGACCCCUGCUGAGUGUUGUAUUGGAUUAGCCAUCAUCAUCACCGGGGUGCCCGUCUACUUCUUCGGGGUUUGGUGGCAGAACAAGCCCAAAUGGCUCCUGCAGGCCAUCUUCUCAACCACAGCGACUUGUCAGAAGAUGAUGGAGGUGGUGCCUCAGGAGUCUUGAAGACCAAUCGGAUCAGUGGGAAGCCCUCCUUCUGCGCACAAAAACGAAAAGACUGUACCUUUCCUCCCCGUCGACCUCCCCCUACCUCUGCCAAGCAGACUUUCAGCCUGUCCCUGCGGUUAAACGGAUAAAAAACCCAUGGCUAGGACGUCACCCUGUACCUGUACAUGUACCUGACGGGGGAGUGAGGAGUGCAGCAGGUUAUUGGAACCAGGGUCUUUCUUUUUUUAAAAAAAACCUCUAUUAUUUAAUUACUUCUCUUGCUUUGUACAGUCUUUACAUUUCUAAGUACCAGCUUUUUUCUUUUGACAUUCCUCCCUUAGUCAUAUGACCUCCGUGUGUGAGGCUGCAUUCAGAAUCGCUCCCAGUUUAAGAAAUAGUGAACUGUUGUAGUGCAUCAGUCAUUUUGUAGUGGCCAGCCAGUGCACUAUUUAGCCAACUAUGUAGUGAAUAGUGAGUAAGUUUCUGAACACAGCACAUGUGUAAUGUAAUAUAAUGGCAUAGAUACGGACAGCAGCGGUGAGCCAGUGAGUCGGUCAGCAUAGCGUUCACUGUUCAAUAGAAAGCUGUUGAUUAUGGGCUUAUGGGUGUGUAAGUGGUAGCUUAUAUAGUUGUAUGCAGGGCAGUGUGUGCAUUGGGCCAAUAGUGGCUCAUCAUUGCCUGUUUAUAGACACAUUAUUGUCUCUCAGAACUUGUCUGAUAGUGUCAUGUACAGUGAAUUCAUGUCUGUGUACCUUCUUUUCACCCAGUCUUGCAUUAUGCUGUGCCUUGUCUAUCCAUGUAGCUAUCUGAUCAUUUUUCUUUAGAUUUUUUUACUUCUAGAGAAUCAUUUUUUUAAAGAUUGAAGGAUUUUUUUCAUGCUGUCAGUUACUAAUCCCAAGGAAUAUCCCUUUACAGGUUGGGCAAUGCAUGCACAUGCUCUGUCGGUCCCACUGGCCUCCGUAGCCUCGUCGCCGUAUCGUUCCUCUUUAAACUUGCAACAUAUACAAUUAAGGAAUUGUAUAUUUUUUAUAGCUACCUGGGGACAAAUGCAUGAAAACAACCGGGAUCAUGCUUAAACAUCAACUGUAUCUGACUUAAAAAGUGCAGUUUUGGCCUUUGCAUUGUGUUAAUCAUUCAGUCCCACAGCAAACUCGUUCUACAUAGUGGCUGGCUGUUGCAUUUUAGACGUGUCAGCAGUUUUUGGGUUUUGUGAGUGUUGUGGCAAAUCAUACGUUUUCUCAUAGCCAGGCAAUUCGUGACCAUUUACGCACAGAGAGCGCUCUAUCAAAAUGUAUCAAAAUGUGCUCUUGUAAUUAAUGAUGACAGCGACAGUUCAAAAGCUGCAGUUACCGUCUUUGUCAGGAUAAUGGAGCCCUGUUCAGAGUAAAGAGUGCUGCUCCCUGAUCAGUGUUUAUCUGGACUUGGGCAUUUUUACGUUUUCAGUAUGUGUAGACAGCAUUAUUCCUUAUGCAGAAAACAGCAUAUGCACAUAAGCUAUGCUGGCCCUAGCACUGUGCCCUGAGGCACACCGCAAGGAAUUUAAUAUAGACAAUGUUCUUUUAUUCACUCCGCAGCUCAGAAAUGAUGUGAUGUUCUGUAAAACAGUUAUCAUUUCUCAAGCUAAACCUCCUGCAAACAAAAAAUGUUUUUAUUAUUGAAAGCUAUUUAGAUUUAGAACCCAAAGUUCAAACUUCCAGUGCCUCAGUUAUGGAAACUGAUGAAAGCAAAAUAAUUGUUCUGCAGUGUGUGUGUGUGUGUGUGUGUGUGUGUGUGUGUGUGUGUGUGUGUGUGUUUGUGCAUGCUGAACAGAAUCAUGGGUAAGGUUAAGCACAGUGUAUCACUGGUUUACCCAAUUUAACCAGCCCGGUGGAGUUGUUGUCCAUGAGAUGGAGCUGUAGCUCUGAGCUAUUAAAUCCAAUGUAUUUUUCAAAAGCUGUUAGAAGUGACACCACCUACACCUUUUUUUACUUAUAUGUGCAAAAGCUUCAGAGAGCAUUCUUUUCUUGGGAACAUUCUUGUUUUGUCUCCUGAUGGACACCAGCUCCACUGGGCAGUUUUAAGCGGCUGAUUAGAUGUUCAUAUGUCAGCUUGCAUAUACAGUGGCAAUGUUUUACCUGUGAAUAAGUGCAGAUUUUGUGAUGAAACUGGUAUAGAACGGCUAUUUUAUGUGUGAUUGUCUGUGUGUGUGUGUGUGUGUGUGUGUGUGUGUGUGUGUGUUGGCAGGUUGUGUUGCGCUGGUGAUGUUUUCUUACUUACUCUGAUUCACUACCAGAGGGAGUUGUAUUAGCCAUGGGCAGAAGUGGGGAAGUGGGGUAUUUCUGGGAAAAGGGGGUAGAUCUGAAUGGAGUGACAAAAGAAUCUUGUGGGUGGUCGU